UUUCGAACCCAUAAUUUUGGUAAAACAUUCUAUAAAACUUGUGGCCUAUCAUUCCGACCUAAAUUUAUCCAUGUCCAUCCAACUGUUGUUAGUUCCUUGUUGGCCUUUGAUGAUAAAGAUCCCCAGAAAAGAUUAUUUUAUUCCAUUGAUUUUGGUUUUUCCUGGCAUCUUUUACAACCUAAUGUGAAGUUCUUCUUUUGGUAUGUUGAAUGCUAUGCAAUAAUUUUUGUCAGAGGCCAUUUCAACUUUAACCAUAACUGGCAAAGAACUGUAGUCCUAGAGGGAGUAGAAGAUUUUGAAGUUAAGGGGCCUUAUCUAUUUGCUACUAGGAAAAGAUUAUUUGGUUCCCAUAAUGCCAAUACAUUACAACUGUGGGUCUCUUAUAAAAGAGGUGAAUUUCAGGCAGCACAAUUUCCAUAUUCACAUAAAAACCUUGAUUUUUUUAUAGCUGAUGCGUCAGAGGGUCAAGUGAUGGCUUGUGUGACUCAUAAUGAAUCUUUAACCAAUUUAUAUAUAUCAGAAGUAGAAGGGUUGAAAUUCUCACUGUCUCUUGAAAGAAUUGUUUAUUAUAAUCCUAAAGGUGCCAAUAAGGACACAUGGAUAAGUCAAUAUACAAAUGAUACCUUUGCUGAUAUUUAUAAAGUGAAUGGUAUGAGAGGUAUUUAUAUAGCAUCACAAGUUAAAGAUUCAGAUAUAUCUGAACAAGUUUCAUUGAUAACCUAUGAUAAAGGUGGUGAAUGGGAGUUGAUAACAGCUCCAACUUAUAAACCUGAUGGUUCUUCUACCAACUGUUCAAAGUCCAAUCGCUGUUCCUUACAUCUGACACAGCAAUAUCAUCAUCUAUAUUCUAAAACCAGUUCCUCACCUAUCACAUCUCAUCAGUCAGCACCUGGUCUCAUCCUAGCUGCUGGUGUUAUUGGUGCCAGUCUCAAAGGAGUACCUGAUAUAUUUGUCACUUCCAAUGCUGGUGUGUCAUGGCAUCAGGUAUUAGAUGGGUUAUAUAUGUAUACACUUGGUGAUCACGGAGGACUACUGGUGGCUAUUCAACAAUAUUCCAUAACUAACCAGAUCUUUUAUUCCACCAAUGAAGGUGAAACAUGGCAGUCUUAUAAAUUUAUGAAAGAUGAUACAAAGAUAAGAAUCUAUGGUUUAUUAACAGAGCCAGGAGAGACAACCACUAUAUUCUCAGUAUAUGGUUCCUAUCUAGAAAAACAUAGCUGGCUUAUUGUACAAGUAGAUCUGAGAUCAGUGUUCCGUGUUAACUGUACUAAAGAUGAUUAUAAAAUCUGGUCUCUACCUAUGGAAACCCCAGAUCAUGGAUGUUUAUUGGGUAAAAAGAUAGAAUUUGAAAGACGAAUAGCUCAUGCACCAUGUUUUAAUGGUAAGAGUUAUGUUAGACAACAAACUGAAAGGAAUUGUUCUUGUACCAGAGAUGAUUUUGAAUGUGAUUAUGGAUUUAAAGAUAUGAAUUUGAUGUGUAAAACAGAUCCAGAUGUACCGGCUGGCCAAAUUCAUAAAAUACCUCAAAAUUGUCCUGAGGGUACUUUUUAUCCUUAUACUAGAGGAUAUCGUAAAGUAGCAGGUGACACAUGUAAAGGUGGAGAUGAACAUAAAUAUGCUCCUUUAAUAUACUCUUGUCCUAUUCAAGAGAGAAGAGAGUUUAUAUUAUAUACUACUGGUAGUACAAUAGGAAGAAUAGAUCUAGAUAAUAAUAAUAAUGAAAUCUUAGUUAACACUGGCUUAACAGAUGUCACAGUUGUAGAUUUUGACUAUCAACAUAAUUGUGUAUUUUGGGCAGAUAAUGUUGAUCGAAAGAUUAAGAAACUGUGCAUGGGAGAAAGUGACAGUAGAAAUAUAACUGAUCUUAUAGACAAUAAUAUUAGAAGUAUUAAUGGUUUAGCCUAUGAUUGGACAGCUAAAACUAUCUAUUGGGUAGAUGGUGAAGCUAAAAAAAUUGAGGUUGCCAGUAAAGAUGGAAAAUGGAGGAGACUUUUGAUUGAUUCUACUCAUCUAGAAAUUCCUCGUUCAAUCACUUUAAAUCCACAUUAUGGUUUCAUGUACUGGGCAGAUUGGUCAGCAGAUAAUCCCAGAAUAUGUAGUUCCUGGAUGGAUGGUAACAAUGGUUCUAUUAAGACUAUUGUCAAUGGUAGUGAUAUAGAACGGCCUACUGGAUUAACUGUAGAUAUAGAAUUAGAGAGAUUAUUCUGGACUGAUAGUAAUAAAAUAGUUAUAAUGUCAGCUGAUCUAAGCGGUAAUAAUCGUAAAGUAUUGGUUCAUGGUACUGAUAAUCUACUACAUCCAUACUCUAUUGGUGUAUAUAAGAAUGAGAUGUAUUGGUCUGAUUGGGGUAGAGAUGCUAUAUUAGUAGCUAAUAAAGAGUCAGGAUUAGGAAUAGAAACAGUGGAAUCCAUGCUGAAAGGUGUAACAGAUCUGAGGGUUAUCUCUCAUACAUCACAACAAGCUAAUGGAGCUUGUAAUCCUGGUCAUCCUCAAUGUUCUCAACUGUGUCUACCCAGACCACAUCAUACUGUUCAAGGUACACAGAAUAGAACAUGUAAAUGUGGAGAUGAUUUUCAACAUACUAUUAAUACUGCUACAGGGGAUGAGAACUGUCGUUGUGGACCUGGUGAAACUAUGUUAAACGGUAUCUGUGAAAUGUCCACUAAUAGUACCACAUGUUCCAGUGAUAGAUUCCAUUGUGCGAGUGGUGAAUGUAUGCCGUUAACUUGGGAAUGUGACCAUGAUAAUGAUUGUAAUGAUGGGUCUGAUGAACUUAAUUGCGCUUAUUCCACGUGUGAUUCUAAUCAAUUUACCUGUAAAACUGGAAAAUGUAUACCAAGCCAGUGGCAAUGUGACUUUGAUAAUGACUGUGGUGAUGGCUCAGACGAGCACAAUUGUGAAUAUCCUACUUGUGAUCCUAACCAGUUUCAAUGUGAUAAUAAGAAAUGUAUAGCUUCUGCAUGGAAGUGUGAUUUUGAUGAUGAUUGUACAGAUAAAUCUGAUGAAAGAGCUUGCAACUACACAAAGGAUUGUGAUGCCUAUACCUGUUCACCCUGGAGGUUUAAAUGUACCAAUGAUACACAGUGUAUCUUUAAUACAUGGAGAUGUGAUGGUGAUGAAGACUGUAAAGAUGGAAGUGAUGAAGUAGGAUGCUCUGAUCGACCUGUAUGUUUACCAGAACAAUUUCAUUGUUAUAAAUCAUCAAGUGAGAAUAGACAGUGUAUUUGGGAUGCCUGGGUUUGCGAUAGUGAUAAUGAUUGUCAUAAUGGUGAAGAUGAGGAAAACUGCACCCGUAAGUUUAUAAACUUUGAAGAUUUUAAAUGUCUAUACAGUGAAGGCUGUAUUAGAAAGGAUCAAGUAUGUGAUAAGAUCAAACAAUGUUCUGAUGGAUCAGAUGAAAUGGGGUGUUCAGGCUCUACAACAAAUUCCUCUAAUCAGUGUAAUACAAUAUACACAUUUCAAUGUAUCAAUGACUGUCUAGAAUGGGCGUAUCUAUGUGAUGGUGAUAGCGAUUGUCAAGAUGAUAGUGAUGAAGGUGUUGAAAGAUGUGGAGGUAACUUUUAUAUCCUUAAAAGCUUUCUAUUUAUAAUCAUACCCUUUCAGCCUUCAGGAAUAAAAUUACUUUUGUGA